AGAGAGAGAGAGUGUAUUGGUGAAUUCUAGAACUCUGCUUGACAAAUGGCAGCAAGAAAAAUGAGCUCCUGAAACUACUAUUUUUUUUGCCAGAAAAAGUUUGUUAUACUUACUCAAAGUGUAAUAGUUUUAUUGGGAAGUUGAAUAGAAACAACAGAGGCAACAAACUGUCAAGGUAAGACCUCUGAGUCAAUUUUCAAAAGCCAAAAAAUCAUCAAGAAAUCAAACCUACAAGAAGAUAAUUGUUGCUAAUUGUUGGAAGAGUUAGCCAAACCGCCACUUAAUGACAUCAUAAUGGAUGCUGGAUUAGAAGAAAACAUGGCUAAGGCUGAGGCAUUUUUCAAAAAUGAAGAUGAGGUGGAAAUAUCUUAUCCCAACACUGUAAAAACAGCCAAAGAAAAGAAAAGAAUGAAAGAAAACAUCAUGAGAGAACAUCCAGAAGCACUGAUCUCCGAUUACAUGGGACUGGAUGACAACAAGGUCCUGUGUAACCUCCUGUUCUUCACAAAUCACCCCACAGUAUGGCAUACCACCCUCUGCACUGUCUGGAAAUGUGUGAGAAAAGGAGGCAUCAGCAGAGGAAGACAGAUUACACUAGAGGGGGCAAAGGACUUUAAGGUGACAGUUAACCUGUAUCAUAAUGGGACUGUAAUGGUACAAGGAACUGAAGCAAGUCUCGUUCAAUUUCAGAGCAAAUUUAAAGAACUCAAAGAAAAAGCUCUGAAUAUCAAAAAAGACCAGGUGGUGGAGACUAUUACUAUUACAUCAGGAGCUGAGACUAACUCAAAUAGCCAACAUGUACAUAACCCCAUUACAUGUCCUCCCAGUAAUACAGGCCCCAAGACACCCUCCUCUGACACCACAAAAAUGAGAGAUGUGAUAGUUCAACUUGAACAGGACUACAUCAUGUUCAAAGAGGAAACCGCUCUCAGCUUACAACAACUUCAAGACCAAAUCAUCCACCCUGACAGGAACAUGGUGCAACAACUUUGCUCGGCAGUAAGGCAGCUGGAGGAGGCCAACCAAGAGUUGCGGCAGGAGGUGAGGUCUCUGAAGGAAGAGCUGUUGAGGAUGGCACGGCACAGAGAGAAUCCAAGGGAUCAUACCCUGGAAAGCAGGAACAGUGAGCCAUCAGUCAAAAAUCCCAUCUUGUCUGAAAGUGCCACAAUCUCUGUCAAUGUGCCUGUAGCUCCAGCUUCACCUCAUGACCAACCUCCCAAACCCCAGCAACGCAUCUGCCAAAGUAGACCACCCUCCUCUUCAGCAAACAUCAGUCAGGGACAACAAGGGACAAAGUCUCAAAGCAAGGAAAAGGAUGACAUCAUCAUCCUGUGCGACUCUAAUGGGAAUCAUCUGAACCCCAGACGACUUUUCCCUAGAAGACAAGUCAAGAAGUUUUGGUGUCCAACGACACACACAGCUAAGGACAUAAUACAAAAAGGCUUACUCAAUAAUCCAUCUCACAUAAUUAUCCAUACAGGGACUAAUGACCUUAAAGACAGGAGAACUGAUGUGGCAGAAGCCUUAAUCAGCACCAUCCAAAUUGCCACACAAAAACAUCCAGAUGCAAUGGUAAUCAUCUCAUCUAUACUUCCACGACGGGAUAUUCCUGUAAGUGUCACUGAAAGAAUCAACGGCAAAGUUGUGUCCUUCUGUGCUGAUAUACCCAACGUAAAGGUUGCACACCAUACAGACAUUACCAUUAGACAUUUAUAUGACAAUGUCCACAUACAUAAGGAGGGCAUGCAAAUAUUUGCUAAAAAACUCAAAGACACAGCAUUAAAUAGAGUGAGAAUACCAUGCUCUGAAAGCAGCAGGCCAAACAUCAUCAAAGACAGCCAAAAACCAGUUGAGACGCAUAGGCCUACCUAUGCAGCAGCCGUCUCCAAGAAAGAGAUCUGUCCAUCUAGAAACCCAGGCUCCUCAUCCACCCUGCAGUGUGCGACUAGUCUCCCCUGGCUCAUCCUGCUGCGCUGUGCGACUAGUCUCCCCUGGCUCAUCUGCAGUGUGCGACUAGUCUCCCCUGGCUCAUCCUGCUGCGCUGUGCGACUAGCCUCCCUUGAUUCAUCCAUCCUGCAGUGUGCGACUAGUCUCCCCUGGCUCCUCAUCCACCCUGCUGCGGUGUGCGACUAGU